CGCCGCUGCCCUCGCGGCCCGAGCAAACCACAGCCAUGCCCCAGGCGCCGCGGGCGCCAAGACCGCGGGUCCCCCCGCAGGCGCGGACCAGCUCAGUGACAAGGGCGACCACGUGGACUCAGCUAGCCAGGACAAGGACCACCUCUUCCGUCGAGAGCAGAGCUGCGCUGGACGCCAAGGAUGACGACCUAGAGGAGGACGAGGAGGAGCUCGACGCCGAGGACGAGGCCGACGAGGGCCCCGGCGUGGUCACGGGCUCGUCGGAUGACUCGGAGGACGACGCGCCGCGGAACCGUAUCGGGAACGUGCCGUUGGAGUGGUACAAGGACGAGGACCACGUGGGCUACGACCUUGCGGGCCAGAAGGUGAUGAGGACGCUGAAGGCGGGGGAGAUCGACGCGCUGCUCGAGAGCAAGGACAACCCCGACGCCUGGCGGACCAUCAAGGA